AAAAAAAAAACACACACACACCAAAGACCCUUCUUUUCCCCUCUUCCCUUCCCCUCUCCUCCCUUCUCCGCGAGGAAAAGGAAACCCUAAGCUCGAGGAAAAGGAAACCCUUAGCUCGUCGUUGAUGGGAAGACGACGCAAAAGCAAACGCGGCGGCGUCGUGCAGAAUCCCAGGACACAUGAGGAGGAUCGCUCAGUCGCGUUGGCGGCGGCAGAGGCGGCGGCGGAUGAGGCCCGUUCUGCGGCGGACUUGUGCCCCUACUGCCGAACCUGCCGGUCUCGCGUUGGGCCUGGCGGCGGCGGCCCCUGCCCCUGUUCCGACACCACCUCCGCCCAACCGUCUGCCCCCUCGCGCGGUAGCGCCGUCCCCGCCCAACCGUGCCAGGAUCAUGUGGCCGAGCCUCCAUCCGCACGGACUCAGCCGCAACCGUCUGUCUCGUACUUGAGCAUCUUGCUCGGCACUACAACACUCAAGGACACUGCCACUUCCUCAUCCUCCCCACAGGCUGUAGCUGAGACCGCGCCACCCAAGCCAACCAUUUAUGUCAACGACCCUCCUGAUUGGUACUUCAGUAUUUACAUCAGGAUCGAUCGUUCAGGAUCUUUCCACACAUAUCCUCAUCUUGGUGGACCAUUCAAGAGCUUGCAGGAAGUUGAAAAGGCUAUUGAGAGCUAUCUUCAUGACAAGCGGCAUAAAACACUGUGGAACGAGCAAGCUGGGGAUUCUGGCAUGGACAUGGUUAUAAAAAAGGCUCUUUACUGGCCUGAUGGCAGAACAAGGAAAUGUUCAGAUAAGGAAGUAGUGGAUCAUACCCGUGAGCAAAUGAGUUUAAUGCUUCAAGCUUUACUGGACAAGUAUAAUGAGGAUCACAAUCUUGUUGGGGAUCUUGCGUACGAAUUCAAGGAUUUUUUGCACUAUCAAUCAAUUUGUGAAGACUAUAAGUGGUUCAAGCAUUUCAAUUUCACUACAAAGACUAAAGACGGAAUUGAGGAUCUUUUCUUUGCUGAAGUGAUAGAGGGAACUGAUGAUGAAUUAGUGGCCAACUGUUUCUGCAAGAUUGAAUCCAAUGAAAAUGGCCACUGCUAUGGUUGCAUAAAUCAUGGAUUUAUUGAUAUGAAGCACCCCAACAAGGCUGAUGCAUACGCUGGUGGUCACUUGAACGUAUAUUUGCCAUUUGGUGGGUGUAGAAGACGUCCUAACACGUGGACAGGCUCUAAGGAAGAUGUGGCAGCUGAGGAAGCUAGGCUGAGAUACAUCUACUAUAUACGAUGAUUAGAAGUUAUUUAUCAUAUUUUUAUCGUGCUAGUUGUUGGAGUUGUGGUGGAAGUAAGCAACCAUUUUUAUUGUUUGUGGUGUGUAUUAUCGUGUUAGUUGUUGGAGUUGUGUUAUGUUUACUUGGCACAGCUCAGUGCUCCUUGUUGCUACCCUCACUCUUGUAGAAGUUAUUUAUCAAGUACUCCCUCUGUCCCAAAAUAAGUGUCUCAACUUUGUACUAGCUCUAGUACAAAUUUGUACUAAUAAGCUCAAGACACUUAUUUUAGGACGGAGGGAGUAUGAAUUAUGGCAUCUGGUUAUUAUCCUUUUGUUUUUC